CAUUUUUCGGAUUAAAAAUAGUUUUGUGUAAUUAUGGUGUCUUAAUUAUUAUAUAAUUCUGUCCGAGAGUGCACCAGUCAGUAUUGACAUUGUUUACAAGGCUGGAAAUUCAAGUUGUCCACUUAGUAUACAACAGGAUGAUUUGAGUACGCGAGAGUGUUCCAAGAUGGCGGCUACAACAUGGACCUACGUCGUAGUGCUGUGGCUCUCCCUUCUAUAUCUACUUUCACCCUCUUUGGCCGCCAGAUAUAAUGCCGACACGGGCUGCCGGUUCCCCACAAGAUGGACAGGGACGUGGUUCCAGUCCGGGAUCAGGCAGCCAAUCACAAUACAAGACGCUAGACUCAGUACAAAGGGUCGAUGCUUGUUCUCGGACGGCGACAAGUUCCUAUUAGUAGACGACAAGAACAUUUGCUACCGAUGUGUGGUGAUCCACGAAAAGCAUAUAAACGUCCUACAGUACAAAGAAACCUACUGUAUGCCACGAGACAGUCUGCAGACCCUGUGCUCUCUGAUCACCGGCGACGCCCUGUUAUAUUCCAUGUUCCGUGAGGCGGCUACCUCGGUGCCUUGCCCGUUCAGGGGAGGACACACGUUCACCUACAACCGAGGACAUGGCGAGUGUCGUUAUCCUGUCAGCAGUAUCGACUCCUGCACUCAGGACUCUCGACUGCUCCUCAGAUAUCAGGCGUGUCCUGACGUCCACGGUACUGAGAGUACAGUGGAAGAGCUGGAGUGCCUCGCCACCUGGAAGGAGGGCUCGUCCCGCUACCUGGUGGGGAAGGUGGUUCCUCUACAUCAUACACACUCCACUUCCAAUGAGGACAGCUACAGGUGUUUUGUCUACGAGAAGAUGUCGGGCCAAGGUCAGUCUGCCAUGCAGCUGUAUGGUGAGGAUCCUGAGUUCCCGAGGCCAAAGGCUGACGAUGUCGAGUACAGAGUUGCUCAGUCUGGAGACGCCACAUGUAAUGGACUCUUCAGCCCCAUGGAGGGGUCAAGAACAAUGACUUUGAAAAAAGUGACUGCGAGUCAGAAGUGCAAGUUCCCCAUGUGGUUGACCCAGCAUCACCAAUGGUACACUCUGGACUACCGCAGCUCCUACAAGUUCCACCAUCGCAACACAACACUCCACAUAUCCAACACCAGUCUGGGGUCUCUGCCCAGCGAGGGGCCUGUGGUGCAGCAGCAGCUGUCUGCCUACGACAAGGAACAGGAGGUUCGAGUUGUGUGUUCAGAGAUUCUCCAAGCCAACAGUGAAGUGGCUUAUAUCAUCACCCACUACACUGUAGGAUGCCAAAACGGCUACAUGUGUAUGAUGUUCCACAAAAGAGACGCCCACAUCAUCGAGGUCCAGUCAGGAGGGUUUACACGAAGGCCUGAAGACGCAUGCAACUCUGGUUAUUUUGACAGGAACACUAUUCCGUUCAUUACUUUAGUCACUGAAAACCCAGAAACCAAAAAAUGCCCCCACUUUGGCCGGUUCUCGGUGAAUGGGGUGAGCAGAAGAGAGCGACACACGAGGUCCCACUCUCGGGACACAACGGUAAACAUAUCACGUCAUCAGGGGUACAGUGCGGUAAAGUGGAUAACAACCACCGAGGGACAAACUGACAUUCAGGACUUGUACAACAGAAGAAUCAGGCUAAAACGAAACCUGAAACAAUCCAAGGUGGAAAAGCCCUUUCAAUCUAAAAAUAGGAACUAUGACAUGAUAGGGCGCCAUCUCAAAAGAACCCACAAAAGACCAAGGAGAGAUUUGGAGCCCUAUUCCCAAACAAAAGCUUGUUCCUUGGACUUCAAGACUUUGAUGGUUGGCUGUGCAUCCUCUGACACGAUGGAGUUUCGAUCAGAAUGCUCUUCCCCAGACAACAAUAUGGUGUCAGCCUACUCUUGCCACGGAGGAUGGUCUGACAACUCCACCGCUACUCACUACCUCAUCACCACCCCGCUGUCAAGGAGCUCGCGAGGGGCAAAGCGCUACUGCUUCGUCUACCAGAGCCAAGCAGACAAUGUGGUCAUGUUCUCGACCAGCGCUGAUACUUGCAGACGAGACAUAGUCCCUGGAUCCACCGGAGUGUUGGCAUUCAACAUUACUAGUGAAGGACAAUGCCAGGAGCUAAACACAGCGUCUAGCCUGCGCCACUCCCUCUACUUCUGCAUGCUGCUGCUCUCAGUGGUGUUUUGCCUAGUAAGGCCAGAGAGGUGAUUUUAAUCAGGACUUAACCUAGCAAAGUAGUUAGCCAAUAAAGUGGUUACACCACUCAGAGUUAGCCGGUUUCCUUCCGUCAGCAUCUGAUGAAUUGGUUACUCUACUCUUUAGUUUGUUUCCAAUCGUGAUAAAUGCGGUGUCUUUAUAUAUAAAUGAACAUAUUGUACAUAGUUUCUAAGGUAAAGUUUUUAUAGCUUUUAAACGUAAUCAGAUUAGGGAGAAAGUGGAUAGGUGGACCUUGAGAGUGUUAAGGUAAAUAUUUUGUUAUUUUUUUUUGUUAAUUAUCUAUGAAGACAUAAUAUUUUAACACGUCAUAUAUAUUUUGAGUGUACAGAUAAACAUUUUAAUAUAUAUGUCUAAGUUUGUUGUUUUGUUUUUUUUGUGAUACAAUAAAGUAAACUCGGUUAUUUAUUUCCUAUUUC